AUGUGCAAGGCCAUGAGCAAAGCAGCAAGCUGGGAGAUGGACGGACUGCGCGGCGACACCAGCGGCGGCGGCGGUGGCGGCGGAAGCGGAGGAGCCCCCGGGCAAUGCCGUAAUUUUCUCUCCUCUCCCGUUUUCGGGGCGGCGCACACUGGCCGAGCGGCCGCCGCCGCCGCUGCGGCCGCCGCUGCCUCGGGGUUCGCCUACGCCGGUGGAGGGGACCGCUCGGGGGCGGCGGCGAGGCCCGACCCCCCGGCCAAGGACUGUCCGGGCUCCGCUGCGCCGACCGCCACCCCCGCGCUCGGCUAUGGGUAUCACUUUGGCAAUGGAUACUAUAGCUGCAGGAUGUCCCAUGGGGUUGGGAUCCAGCAAAACGCCCUGAAGUCUCCCCCUCAUGCCUCCAUUGGCGGCUUUCCUGUGGAAAAGUACAUGGACGUCUCCAGUCUGACCAGCACGAGUGUCCCUGCCAAUGAAGUCUCCUCCAGGGCGAAGGAAGUGUCCUUCUACCAGGGCUAUACAACCCCUUACCAGCACGUUCCUGGGUACAUAGACAUGGUCUCAACGUUUGGCUCUGGGGAACCGAGACACGAAACAUACAUAUCAAUGGAGGGCUAUCAGUCUUGGACUCUGGCUAAUGGCUGGAAUAGUCAGGUUUACUGUGCCAAAGAUCAGACACAGAGCUCACACUUCUGGAAAUCGUCCUUUCCAGGGGACGUUGCACUAAACCAGCCCGAUAUGUGUGUCUAUCGCCGUGGGAGAAAGAAGCGUGUGCCGUACACAAAACUGCAACUUAAAGAACUCGAGAAUGAAUAUGCCAUUAACAAGUUCAUUAACAAGGACAAGAGGCGAAGGAUAUCCGCAGCCACAAACCUGUCUGAGAGACAAGUUACCAUUUGGUUUCAGAACAGGAGGGUGAAGGACAAGAAAAUAGUCUCCAAACUGAAAGACAAUGUAUCUUGA